AUGGGUGAAACUGAUUACACAAUUAAGCCAGAGGCCGUGACUCCUUCCAAUGAUACUUCGGACUGGCCUUUGCUCUUGAAGAACUACGACAAGUUGUUGGUUAGAAGUGGGCAUUAUACUCCUAUCCCUCACGGGUGCUCUCCCUUGAAAAGAGACUUGAAGGACUAUAUCUCUUCAGGUGUGAUCAAUUUGGAUAAGCCAUCCAACCCUUCUUCCCACGAAGUUGUUGCUUGGGUGAAACGAAUUCUUCGUUGUGAAAAGACUGGUCACUCUGGUACCUUGGAUCCAAAGGUCACUGGUUGUUUAUUGGUCUGUAUCGACAGAGCUACCAGAUUAGUUAAGUCCCAACAAGGUGCUGGUAAAGAGUAUGUAUGUGUUGUACGUCUCCAUGAUGCCUUGGAGAAUGAAAAAGAGCUAGGGAAAUCGCUUGAGAAUUUGACAGGUGCCCUUUUCCAAAGACCACCUUUGAUUUCUGCCGUGAAGAGACAGCUGAGAGUAAGAACCAUAUACGACUCUAAAUUGUUGGAAUUCGAUAACAAGAGAGGCCUUGGAGUAUUUUGGGCUUCAUGUGAAGCUGGAACUUAUAUGAGAACUUUGUGUGUUCAUCUGGGAAUGAUGUUGGGUGUUGGUGGUCAUAUGCAAGAACUUCGUCGUGUCAGAUCUGGUGCUUUGUCUGAAAAUGACAAUUUGGUUACGUUGCACGAUGUUAUGGAUGCCCAAUGGGUUUAUGACAACUCCAGAGAUGAAACUUAUUUGAGAAAGAUUAUUCACCCAUUGGAAACGUUGUUGAUAGGAUACAAAAGAGUCGUAGUCAAGGACUCUGCAGUGAAUGCUGUUUGUUACGGUGCCAAACUGAUGCUUCCAGGUUUGUUGCGUUAUGAGGAAGGAAUCGAGCUAUACGAUGAAGUUGUUCUUAUUACCACCAAGGGUGAAGCCAUUGCUAUUGGUAUCGCACAGAUGACAACUGUUGACCUUUCAAGUUGUGACCACGGUGUAGUUGCCAAGGUCAAGAGAUGCAUUAUGGAGCGUGAUACAUACCCAAGAAGAUGGGGACUUGGUCCAAUUGCUCUUAAGAAAAAGCAGCUCAAAGCUGACGGAAAGUUGGACAAAUUUGGUAGGGUUAAUGAGAACACCCCAGAUUCUUGGAAAUCUGAUUACAUCAGCCACGAGAACGAAGCACCUCCUCCAGUGCCAGCUUCCAAACUGGAAACUCCUGCUCUCAUGACUCCUAAGAAGUCUGUAGACAAGACUGAAGAUAAAACUGAGAAGAUAGAUGAUACCGAAACGGAAGUCGAAGAAAAGAAGGAAAAGAAGGACAAGAAGGAAAAGAAAGACAAAAAGGAAAAGAAGGACAAGAAGGAGAAAAAGGAAAAGAAAGAAAAGAAGGAAAAGAAAAGAAAGGCUGAUGAGGACGAGGAAGACGGAAAGAAGAAGAAGUCUAAGAAGUAG